AAUUGAAACAAAACUAGUAACGCUUCAGACGAGGGAGUGUAAACAGUGAUAUUUCAUAACCAAACUAAACGUAAUUUUGAUGUGAAAAAUGAAAGAAUUUAAAUACGAUGUAGUUACUCUUAUUCAAAGUGUACGAGAUCGUCCCUGUUUAUGGGAUAAAACUUUAGAAAGCUACAAAGAUCGAGUCGAGAGAAAAGCAGCGUGGGAGGAAAUUUAUAACAUACUCGACGAUAGAUACGAGGAAAUGACGCCUGUAGAAAAAAGGUUAACGGAGGAACACGUCGUCAACAAAUGGACGAACGUUCGAGAUACAUUUGUCAAAACAUUGAAGACGAAAAUGGGAAGACCGAAACGCAAAUACGUCUUUCACGAACAUUUGAAGUUCCUUACAAAAGGAGCGCCCGAUGAAACAGCUGAAUACAGUGAAUUUAGAUCUGGCUUAAUGAAACAAGAAGACGAAUCGAUUUUAGACAGCAGUAGCCAGUGUUACGACAAAAGCGAUUCUAUUUACACGCCAAAGAAGAAAAGAAAACGCGAGUCGGAUAGUUAUUCGAUUGAAGAAUACAAUUACAAGAGGGAAUCUAAAAGCAAAGAAGAUAAGCAGAGUCAUGAUGAAACUAAUGACAUAGAUUUCGUUGAGGUGGAUACGAACGAUCCAAGAGUGAUGAAUGAAGAUGAAGCCUUUUUUGCUUCACUCCUGCCGAGCGUUGUGAGGUAUGAUGAAGACGAACGCUUGGAAUUCCGUAUAGAAGUGUUGGCUGUGAUGAAAAAGAUCAAGGAGAAGAGAAAAUGGACGAGAAUCGACUAAGUUGUUAAGCGGGAUUGGAUGAUCUGGAGAGUUAAUCUAUGUACAAGCCGCGUGAGCGAACACUACACUUGCAUUUACACGAAACGUAUGCAAGUUUUGUAGUGUCACCUUGUUACAUUAUUGGUAAUAGAGACGUCUUGGGAGCAGGGACGUCUUAAACUAGGAUGGGGCCCUUGGGCACACAAGAAUUUGAGGCCCUUUUGGAAAGUAAAAAAAGCGAAUUAUAAUAACAUUUUUUUACUGAGUAUGACCAUUUAUUAUAGGUAAUCAAAUACAGUAUGAUAUAAUAUGUCAUUAAUGAUAUUAGAAUGCUGCUGGUUUUUUGGUUACGAUUUCGAUAACGGUUUCUUUCGGGAUUUCUGUUGAGCAAAAUCUUCUAUUAUAGGCAUAGUAUAUGCCUUGUACCUUCCGAUUACUGAUUUGUGAAAAAAGUGUAAUGUGUCCGAAAAAAUGUUUUGAGAAUAAACGUGUGAGAAAUUUUCGGUCUUUCGGGGCCCCCUGAGAAUGGGGGCCCUGGGCACGGGCCCCGUGUGCCUUUAUGGUAAAGACGGUAUUGCUUGGGAGCCCGCACGGUUAGGUACCACCGCCCUGCAUAUUUCUGCCGUGAAGCAGUAAUAUUUCGGUUUGAAAGAUGGAGCAAUCUUUGUACUAAAACUAAGACUUUAAACUCAUGUCUCAAAGUGAUGGUAUUUUCAUUGUUGAUGUCCAUGGACUCCGGCAACCAAUUAAUAAAUGGUGGGCCGUGAGCUCGUUCACACACCAGAGCAAUACAUAAAAACACGUUGACGACGUAAGUCAUAUUUUAAGAGUGCAUGUUAUCUCACCACAAAUUACCAGUGUUUUAUUAACUAUGCGCUAUGGCAUAUUUUUAUUUGAUGUUCAAAAGAUUUUAAUGAAAUGAGUAAACACGUAGGUACUACAUUUAUUUCUUUAUAGAUAUAGAUAUGAAGUAAAAUCAUAAUCUUUCAAAACUAAUUUAAAGCGACCUUUAAUUUCUUAAUAACGUGCUAUUAAUUAAAUCGACGCUUGAAAGGCAAACGUGACUAAGCGACAAUAACUGAUUUGUACAUAAAUGAUAGGCAAUAACCAUAUUCGAUGCGCAAAAAAUAUAUAUUUCGGCCCUCGACCCGAAAAAAAAUAUGUUAAAAUCAUUUCAAUCCUACAGCUACUAGCUAGAUUCUACUACAGCUAGAUUCGUUAAAAUAAAUUUUGUUUUCAGGUAUUUCAACUUUAAAUUAGUCUAUUGUAAAGUUCACGCAUUGUUGCUUAGUCACUUUUGCCUUUCAAGCGCCGAAAUAAUGACACAGUAACGUAUUUGUAAAAGUAUAAUUUUGAUGAUUUUUAAACAUGUAACAAUAGUAUGUAAAUGAAGAUUUAAGUUUGAGAAACUAAAAUCCAGGCCAUUAGGUACGUGUUAUUAAUAAAAAUAAAAAUAAUUAAUAAUUAAAGAUGCUGUUCUUGAUAAUAUAAUUCUACUAUGCAACCACAUAUUCUCGAAGAGUUUCGCCCAAAACACGUAAUUACUGAUCCUUCCGAUCCAUUAACGGUGCUUUUAGGUACUACAAGCACCGGUCACCGUCCUCGUCGAACCCGUCGCUUGCGACGAAGGGCUCGAUAAGCAAAUUAACCCAUAGACACAGCCCACUAAGUUUCUCGCCGGAUCUUCUCAGUGGGUCGCGUUUCCGAUCCGGUGGCAGAUUCUGCGAAGCACUGCUCUUGCUAGGGCCAGUGUUAGCAUCACUCCGGUUUGAGCCCCGUGAGCUCACCUACUAUCACCUUGGGUAGGAAAAAAAAGAAGAGUUCCCUUCCCUACUCUUUACACAGGUAGGUAUCACCGUCCUGACAAUUGCUGCUGAGGCGGUCGUGCUUUCUGAUUUAUAGAAUGGCAGAGGUGGGUGCGAUACAACUGACACUUCGCCCUUAUGUGUCAUGAGAAGGACUUAUUUGUCACUAGUGAAUGCAUUCAUCGAAAUUCGACUAUAAUCACUGAAGCAUUAAGAUUUCGAUUUGUGUAUCUUCUCUUCCAUUAUAAGUAGGUAAUUGGAAAAAAAACUUGUUUCUAAAAUGUAUUCUUGGUAAAACUAAAGCCUAUCAAUACCUACUCAAUAAAAACAAUAAAAAUAAUCAAUAUUCGAUACUGAACUAUUUUAUUUUGAACUUUUUUUAAACACUUAUUGAACAAAGACAUGUAACGAUAGUGACCUCUGAUACGAUAUCUAAUAAAUAUCUAAUACACUGAUACUGCCCUUUGCAUGCAUACCACACAAUGGAACACAAUUAAAAAAUAAACUAAAGGGCAUUUUUCAAAGAGGGCUCAACAUACUACAACGUACAACAUAUAACUCGGCAUACUUCAAUCAGUUAACUCUUUAACUGCUCAAUUUAUAUCAUACCCUGUGCCUAUGCUAGCGCCAUUCGGAAGGAUUUUUGAACUGUUAUUUAGUGCUGAAAGUGGGGCACUUUUUCAAGCUUCUCUCAUAUGAAACAGUUCUCCUUACCUCUACCCUCCAUAAUUGCGGGUGAACGGAUUAAUUGAAUAUCUUUUCCAUUCCGGCUUCGGGAACGGUCCUUUUACGUCUUGAAGAUGAUUUGGUCUAAUGCUUUGCUUAGGAAUCGAUGUAUCUUUCGGUCACCGACUCACCGUUCCCGUCGAGCCAGUCGCUUGCGAUGAAGGGCUCUGCGAGUAAAUUAACCAUUAACAGACACAGCUCACUGAGUUUCUCGCCGGAUCUUCUCAGUGGGUCACGUUUCCGAUCCAGUGGUAGAUUCUGCGAAGCACUGCCCUUGCUAGGGCUAGUGUUAGCAACGUCCUCUGGUGAGAGCCCCGUGAGCUCACCUACUCAUUCGGUUAUGCUGGCGCUCUAAGGUAGUAAAGCUUAGGAAGGAAAAAAUGUAUGUACAGAGGGUAUCUCAAUGCAAACCAACAAUGUGAACACUGCAGGAAUGAAAGCAACACCUAUUUAAUUUGUAAGAUUUAAUGAUCAUCUCUUUUGUAGCACUUUUAAAAAUAAACGUUUUACAUAAUCAAAAAGAAAAGUUUACUUUUCGCGCCGAAACCACUUACAUUAUUAAUUAAACCUACGUUUCAAAUUAAUAAUAGAAAAAAAUAAACAACAAAUAAAAAAGCAUCUUGUAGCAAUACUGUAUUAUUAUUUUUUACAUUAAUAUCGAAGGUAUAAUUGACCUUCUACAAUAUUACACGAACAAUAACAACAUAUUUUUUAAUUAUUAUUAAAAAAAAAAUUUGAAUCUUAAUUCAAGAAACAGUAUUAUAAUAACGGUUGUUCAUUUUUUUUUUCAAUUAUCCGAACAUAAAUUACGAAAUUUCGAAGGCUGAAUUUAAAUUUGGCGCCUUCAGUUUAAUCUCACCGACGUCUUUUUUUUUUCAAGAUUAUUAGUUGAAGAAAAAAACUGGCACAGUCUAAUGAACAAGUAUCACCUACUAACGCUAACUUAGAUCUAGAACGUUCCGACCUACGAGCCGAACGUAGCUCUCGAGAGUGCACAAAAAAUUAUUCAAUUACAAUUUUCACUAUAUAUAUAAAGAGCGCUAAAUUAACGCCCUAUCGAAAACUCACUAAAAUUUACUAAACGCAUCUUUAUUUACACGUUAAGUUUAAUUUUUUCUUCACUCGUUUUUUUUUUUUUUUUUUUAAUUCAUCCUCCGAACACUUCUCACGGUCUAUGUACACGAGCGAUCGAAUACUGCGUGAAACGAAACGGCUUAAAGCCAAAUUCGUGAGCGGCAUUCUAAUGUCGCACGCCCAAAUACGUAACAUUUUAUCUUAAUUAUCAGUACUAUAGUGACUAGACGAUCCCCAAUAAAACAAUUGGGACAAAGUUUUAUUUACACGGUCUUAUUUAUACUAUAGAUAUCAAAUUCACACUAAAAAGAUCGCUUUUAUUUUUUCUUCUAUUUGUUAUACGUAAUACAUUUCGUUUUUUUUUUUUAUAUUAUUAUUAUUAUUAACCGGCUAUAUCAAAACGACGUGUGAAGAAGCUUUAAGUGUUACGCGCCGCUGAUACUUGGCACCGAAAAUACAUCGACAAUAUUUCGUAGAUACAAGAAUCUCAAACAUCAUCGAAUCAAAAACGCAAGCUUCCAACGUCAUCUCAUUUAAAUUUGUGCAAUCUCUUGGAAGUCAGCUUAACAACUAAAUCUAUCAAAUAAAAUACAGUUUCUAAAACAAAAAAAUCCAAAAAUUUUAAUGAAAAA